GGACUCCGCCCCCCUUUCCUCCCCGCUCCUCACAGAUAACCCUGUUUGUUCUCCGUAGAGACACGGCAUCUUGUUUUGUUUGCACUUACACACAGUUAAGCAUCAUAUUUUGGAUUAAGACGAUGGCUGACAGCUGAAACCUCCCGACUCAAACACACCAAGUUUACAGGUAAGAGUUGGUUUUCACAAACUGCCAUUAUGCUCGUCCUAACAGGUGCAGGCUGGAUUGAACCGCGAAUUUACACUUCCAUAAACCAGAUGAAAUCAGCCGAGCUUUGCCGAAUUUGAGUUUGUCUUCGGUGUCAACUUUCUGAGAUGUUUCAAAGUAAACAUCACUUAUUUGAGGACACAGGAAUAAUUUCCUUCUUUUUCCGUACGAGGUUUGGCGCUCUGUCGACACCUGUGUUUAGAUUAGCUUAGAUUUAAGCUCCGGAAAACUACCACUUGUAAGUUUGUGGAGCUGGGUAUUACUACAAUUUGUUCUCAGACACAAAAGGCGACAUGUGACCGAGGAUAAAUAGUAAUUUAACAUUUCUUAACUUAAGGUUCAAAGUGGUUUUGUUAGAUUAUACUCCUUCACACCGGGACGCUGUUAGUCCAGAGGGCGAACUGCACACAGGGUCCGAGUUAAUGACUGGACUGAGUGUUGUUGGUCUGAUAAUUUUCACCUCCAGCGUUUGGUUUGCUCUGUUUUUACUGCUCUGUUUACAUGAGACUGAUAUAUUUGACCUGCUCUGUGCUGUAGAAACAUGUUAAAAUAGUUUAAACUGUUUUAAAUCUGCUGUAAUAUCACACUGAGACGUUUUCCACAGGAUCCACAGCUAAAAGGAACAAUUAUCUCACAUUAUUCAGAGUAUUUGUGAACUAUUUAGACUAUCUUAUCAAAUACAUGUUUCAGAUAUUGUCACUUUUGAGGUUUUAGGUCUUUUAAAGAGGUCUAUAUAUAUCCUACUUAUUGUACUAGUUUGGUUUAUAGUGAGACAUAUCGCUCCAGUAUUGAAAAACAAACAACAACAAACACUUGAAGGUGUUAUGAACACUUGAGCUAAAAUAAUAAUGUCACAAGAUCAUCUUCUGGUUUAUUACCUGGUGACAAGUCCAAUAACAUCAGUCAAGAUAUGACACUUUAACACCUCUGGCACUUUCCAUCUUCGAGGUCCCAGUUUGGACUCUAGCACUAAAGUGAAUAUUUUACAAAAAUCUGGUCUUUCAUAUAUCAAAGAAACAGUUAUUUCUUCAUUGUUGCUGUCAAAUAUGAAGCAUCUUAAGAAGUAUUUUUAAUUGUCUUCAGACGUGUCACUGGCUCGAUCAUAUUUGCACUAAUUUUUGGAUAAUUAAAGGUGAUAGGGGCCAUAAUGAUUGACAGUACCGUAAAGAGUGAGCCCUCCUCGACACUUUUAACUGUAAAUAUUCAGACAGACUGAAUUUUUUAAUCAGUUUUAAGACUGAAGAAUGAGACUCUACUUUAACAUGAACAAGAGGAGCUUUCUAAACUUUCAGAAAAAUCUCUAACAGGAGCUUUAAUCCUGCAAAAAUUCAGAUUUCUGCUUCUUGACUGAAAUGUUUUUCACUGUGUUCCUGUAAAAGUAGCUUUUUGUGUGAUUUUGAUCCUAUUAAAUGAACAUUUGUGCCUUUAUCUCCAUUUUCUUACAUUUUCAGUCUGUUAAUUUAAGUGUAAAUCAGAUCAGAUGGAUUGAUAGAUGAUCAUUUUCAGGCUUAUUUAGAAAAUCUUGACCAUUAAAGCUACUGUAAGGAGUUUUUAACUGUUUAUAUAACAGACUGAAAUGAACAGAAAAGCCUCCUAAUGAUAUACAAAGGCAAACAGGACAAUCGACAAUACAAACUACAAUUUUUAAAGUGUAGUUUUUAAUGCCUGAAGCCUCUGAGAGGGGGUAGCUGUAUCUAUUUGUCCACAGGGGGCGCCAAAACCAGCCCAAACAGAAAGUUCCUCAUAAGGGUUGUCGUGUCAGCUCUCAGGUUGCUCCUUUUGUUCCGAGGUGCACUUGUGCUCAUAUCAUUGCAGCUCCUCUCUCCUUUAUACACACAUGCACCUGUUUACACACCUUUAACACAAACCCUCAGGUUUCUGUAGCUGCUGUGUGUGUGUGUGUGUGUGUGUGUGUGUGUGUGUGUGUGUGUGUGUGUGUGUGUGUGUGUGUGUGCGCGUGUGUGUAUGGAAUCAAAGCAGCGUGUGUGUUUCUGCCUCCUGUUCGUCUCACGCUGUCUGAGCUGCAAUAACAAGACCACAAACUCUGUUUCCUGGAGACUCAGGAGGAAGCAGGAGAAAGUUACUUCAAAACAGAGCAAGGUCAAAGAGUUCAAAUCGAUAAAAACAACCAAUAAAAAAACAACUCCAACAAAAAGUUUUAGGCUACAAUUUCACAUGACAGUAUUUCAGCUUCUAAUGCCAAACUUUCUUUUUGCAGCCUUCGCUGUUUGUGCCAAAAUGGACUUUUUCAUCGCUAAUUCAUUGACCAUGACCAAAACUAAGUGUAAUAUGCCAAACCUCAUGGUCCUUAUCACUAAUUAUAAAUGAUAAAGAAAUCAUGCAAAUCACCACGUUUCAGAACCUGAAAAAUACAAGUUUAUCCUGCGUAAUAAUGACUCCUCUGUUUAUCAAUAUUUGGCACUAAUUUCCCGGUUGUAGCUUCAGACAUUUAUUUUUCCUUCAGGGUAAUUGGUCCCUUUUGUGACUCACCACUUUUUUUAUUAUUCCAGCAGUUUUUUGGCUGUUUUUCAAAAUCUUAAUUAGGUUGGAAAGCAGCAGAGAGACCUUAUGUUAAAGGGAUAUUCCGGUGUAAAAUUAAUUUAGGGUCAAAACGCCACUCUAUAGCCACAAAUAAUGCUCAGAACAGCACCUAACUUCAUCAACAGGACAUAUAGGGUCACAGACAUAGUACUAGACACCAAACAUCUUUUUAACUUUGACUCAUUUCUUUAGCAAAGAGACUAAACACAACUCACCUACUCUCUUCCAGACACCCACCUGUCAAUCACAUCAGCCCCACCCUAAUCGUGCCUAAUUACUCAUAAUUUGUUGUGUAAUUAUCGUCAAAAUAGUUGAGUUAUAAAAAUUCACAACUUGUACAGCUGUUAAACAUAACAAUGAAUCACAGAGCAGAUAUGUGUGUUAAAUCAGUCGAACAGUUUCAUGCUCUCACCUUAGUAUUAGAAUUACAGACUGGUUAAAAGGAUCGUUAAUAUUUUAUGACUAUAGUCUUGUAUUUGUAGCUCUGGUUAAUGACGAUGGUUUGAAUGUUUUAAUACUUUAAUGUUCUACUACCUGGAUGUAAACAAGCACAGAGGACGAGUUUCAGGGAGUCGUUAGAUAAUAUUAGGGUCAGAAAAUAGAGAGGAAGUUGAUAGAGGAAACAGAUAUUUUGAAAGUGUUUAAAUUUUUAUCAAAGGUUUAAAUAACUGGUAAAUUAGACGCCUCAGAUCGCUCUCAGUAAAGUGAACAAAUUUGUUUUUGUCGUCUGCAAACCUGCUUCAAUCUGCUGUGAAAAUGAACGUUUUAACACAAGUGUUAAUGGGCUCUUUGGCUGUUUGAGACAGCCCCAAGUGGACACUUGAGGAACUGCAGUUCUAAGCACACAAAGAUAUGAAGUGACCUUUUAAAGUAUAUGUAAUUAUUUAGAAACAGUUUAUCUGUUUGAAUCUAAAGAUUAAGGAUGUAUUAGUUUGUGUAGAUGUUAAUGCUUCACUUUCAGAGGACUGCUGCUGCUACUCAGUUUAUCAAAAACCAAAAUAAAGCUCUGAAUGAUGAAAAUAUCUGUUUUUUUCAGCACUAUAAUGGAAACUCGUACAGUCUAAGACCUCAGUAUAUGUACUGUUUCAUUAAUGCAAGAAAUGUGACUGGGAGGAGAACGGCUGAAAAGUAAUCUGUAGGUAAAUUUUCUUUGUUUCCAGGCUGAUUGUAAGGCUGAAUGUUUCUAAUCUUAAAAUUGUCAUUGUGCAAAAAAUACUAAUGCAUUAAAACCAAUAUUUUUACCAAUUAUCGACAUGGUCAGGGCUGUUAUAAGUUUAUCAAAAAUAUUUCACUUUGCUCCUCAUUUUUGGAAAUAUUGCACAUUUUGUGUUUUUCCCAUUAAAAAAAAUCAGGGGUUCUCAUGACAAAAAAAACCACUAAAAACCUAAAAAAAAAAAAAAAAUUAUAAUUAACUUUAUAUCUUUGGAUAGGUCCGAAGUUGUUGACAAGAUGUGAUGCUUUAAAAGUAAAUAAAAUUUGAAUGUAUCAUGUUUUUACUGCACUUUUAUUAGACGGACCGUUUGUGUCCACGAGGAUAACAAGUGUCAGUAAAUUUUAAGGGAAAACUCCUCGUUCAGUUCGUUCCUCCUGAUGGGACAUUAUUCUCCAUAUGUGGGACAACAGAGUCAGCCUGUUUUUACACCUGACAUGUCCAACAAUAAGUUUCGGUUUGCAGCUUUUUAUUGUCGCUGAUGUUUUUCUCUCUGCGGGUGAUUAUAAGGAGCAGGUUUAUUUCUUUACUGCUGCAGCGUGAGCCAAAGUAAACACUCAGAGCGGCGUGUUCGUGACAGCGGCAGCCACUUCAGGAUGAAUAACUACAUCACCUUACACACAUUCACACACAAUGCUACAAGAAAACAACACGCUUUAGUCAUACUUUCCUCCCGCUCAAAAUAACUCCAUCCUGGCGCACAGCCAGAGGAAUAUACAAACCUGAAUUUCCACACGAGUCGACACCUUUCUGCUCCUCAAAGUGUGUCUCAUCUGAAUGUUCAAUAUUAUUCCUCCAAUCUGAACAACAACAUGAAGCAGAGUGCAGUCUGACAUGUAGGAUCCAGUUUUAGAUGAACUCAAAUGGGAUUAUUAUUGGACUUCAUGAAGGAGUUGGUUAAAUACGUGCACUAGUGAUGGACGAGGGGAAACAUUCUGGUCAUUUUUUCCAAGAUUUAUCCUGGAAAAUAGACGUUACAUUUCAAAACAGGAGCGACAAUUUGACAAAUUUGCAGACUUAUUUUGUUGUUCCACAUAUUUCAGAUGUUUUGAAUUCACUGGAGCCCAUAAAUUGAAGUUAACAGGCUGAAAUAUUGAGGAGAGAUCUGCAGUUUGAAAAGAUACGAAGCAGUUCAUUUCUCUGACGCCGCUGUGUUUCCGUUAAAUUUACAACAACAGAAAUAUGAAAUAUAAAUAAUGAGUCAUUUCAAACCUAAACAGGUCUAUCAUCCAGAUUUGAGGUCUUUUUUUUAAUCAAUAAUCUGUAUUUUGUUUUCACGAUGAUCCUGUUGCAGACUCAAAACACAAACUGACUAACCGACUAGGACAUGAAUCAACCAAAGAAAUUCUCGGUCGACUAAAACCCUGAAAUUUUCAACCAAAAAUCUAAUUAUCGCGGUUCGGCAGGGUGAAAAUAUACUGAUAUCAGCACAAGAAGGCAAUUAAACACAAAUAUUUUAUUCAAUAAACCAGCCGACGUUGAUCAACGUGGACGCUCUUCAAUCUUCCUGAUGCUUGACAGUCUCCAGUGGGUUGGGUGAAUCCAAAAUGGUGAAAACACGGGGGGUGUUCUGAGACAGGCUGUUCUGCUCUGAAAACACCCUCGUUAGCACUUGGUACGUUCCUCCUGAUGAAAUUGACCAUAGACUGUAAAUUGACGCGGAAAAAAAUCGAGUCGACCAAUCACGAACCGAACUGAACUUUCUGAUUGGUUUCUACUGUCCGAUAUUGUAGCACGCUAACUUUGUUUGGGCACCUGAACGACACGGGGGAGCAGCGUCUGCCUCACAACCAAUCAGAUUAGAGGAGGUGGAGAACGGCUUUGUUUACAGUCAGAAAGAGCGGACCGCUCAAAAAUGUUCAAAUGUUGACGACACAGACAUAAGAGAACACAGAGAUAUCGUUAUAUUACCAAAUCUCAUCAAUAACUAAUAACUAUUGACUGAUAAGCCUGUUUGUUUAUCCACCACAAAAAUAGAUGCUUCUUUAACGAAAUCCUGCCUACCUCACCUUUAAUAUUUACAGCAACACACACUUGUUAUACAUGUUUGUUAUGACGUAGGAGGUCAGUUGCGUCUUUACUACAAGUGUGAUUAAAAUACCAGGACUGUUAGUUUACAGAAAAACUCCAAAACUAUAAACAAUAAUCUGAAAUCAGGAAUUCCUCCUCCUGAACCGUGGUGAUGUUUUUAAUCCUCGUCUUUUUGUCUGUUCUGUCUUUUAACCUCUCGUCUGUCGUGUUUUCGUGUCUCUCCUGUCUGUCCUCUGAUCGGGACACUCCUCUGUGUAAAUAAAGGUCGCUCAUAGUUUGCAUGUGUAUUUCACUACAGACUUUCUACAUCAGCUGUAACCUGAGCGCAGCAGCUCUGACCUCUGACCCCCUCUCCAGGUAUCAUGAUGGAGGUGGCCGGUCCCUGGACUGAAGUCUUCGAGGGCUCAGAGAGGACAGAGAAACCCGGACAAGCAGAGACGCUGCUGGGGAGCUCCACCCUGACUCUGGCUCCGCUGGUCCCCGCCGAGUCUCCAUCGGUCCGCCGCUCCCAGCCCAUCAUCAUCAUCGCCUCAAACAGGUACGACCGCCACCAACACACACACAUGAGUCACGGAGAGCGGACGUGAGUCAACAGACUUCUGAAGGAGGAGGAGGAGACGGCGUUGGUCACAUGACGCUGUGAGUCAUGUGGUGUGUAAAGUAGCAGCUGGUUUCUGUUGUGGCUGAUAGAAGAGUGAUUGUAAAGAGGGCUGGACUGUGUGUUCAGGACACACACACACACACACACACACGAGGCAGACUGUGGUUUUCUUUUCUGUCUCUUCCUUCGAACAUGCGACCUUUGUUUGUUUAACCCCGAAGACGAAGAUGCAAACUAAAACCGAGAUCAGAUAGAAACUUUUUCAAACUUCAGAUUUCACUAACCCGUCCUUGUUCCUCUGAUCCGCUCAGAGAUACCUGACUGAGAUCACCUGGACUUGGUGCUUUAGGAGAGUUAAAGGGGCGUAAAAUUAAUUUAGGGUCAAACACACCGUAACACCGAGUUAGACCCCCCCUCCAGAGACGAAUGUUGACUCAUUUCUUUAGCAAAGAGACUAAACAUAAUUCACCUACUCUCUUCCAGCAGCCGCUUGUUUGUAGUGAGACCUCAGGCCAGUCCAUUAGGGACUACAGUGGGGUGACGCAGCUCAAGGAAGAACAUUUAUGAUCAUUUCUUCAUGGAAAUACAAUCAGACCGAGACGCUAAGACAGAAGAACUACAGCGUCUGCAGUGAAAAUGAUUAAUAUGAUGAUUAUUACUUUGAGGAAAUGAUAAAGAAAUGAUCAUAAAUGUUAUUCCUUGGGCUGCGUCACCCCGCUGUAGUCUGUAAUGGACUGGCCUGAGGUCUCGCUACAAACAAGUGGCUGCUGGAAGAGAGUAGGUGAGUUGUGUUUAGUCUCUUUGCUAAAGAAAUGAGUCAAAGUUAAAAAGAUGUUUGGUCGUUACUAAAGUUGGUAUAACUAGAGAAGAAAGCGGUCGACAACAUUCAUCUCUGGAGGGGGGGUCUAACUCGGUGUUACGGUGUGUUUGACCCUAAAUUUUAUUUACGCUGGAAUAUCCCUUUAAAUUCCUCCAUCACCUGCACAUUUUAUCCUAGUUUGCUUUCUCUAAAACUCCACAAAAGCCCCGUCCUUCAGCUGGACUUCACUUGGAUUUAUCUGAGUUGAACAGGAAGAAUAAACUGAGAUUAUAAAACAGAUGAAGAAGAUCUUCAGUGUUUAUUUAAAGUCAUUCAUUUAGAGAUAAAUCGUCUUUUGAAACCAUCUUCGAUCUUUUCUGUUUGUUUCAGGAUAAGAGGUGUCGAGUCCUUCUCCUCCUCCUCUGUUCCCUCCUCCAUACCGAACCCGUUCCCGGAGCUCUGCAGCCCCUCCAAGUCUCCAGUCCUCAUCAAUUCACUUCCUCCUCCUUCCAGUGACAAACACGUGAGUCCAGAGCGUCCUCAGUGAGACGCCGCUUUAACACUUUUGAUCUUUAACGUUUGAGUUACUGAUUUAACGUUUGAAUCAUGUGUCCAAACCAAACGGACGGUUCUGCUUUUAUUUGAAGUUUUCUCUCGUGUUUGAUUAAAAAGUCGAGUUUUCAAGUGUUUUUGAACUUUGUUUAAACUUUAAAGAGAAAGUUUAUAUUUUGUUUACUAUCACACUUUCUGGCAGGGAACUACUAGGAGAUGAACUAACAAACUAUAAGACAGAAAAACAUUAAAAAACAGAUUUAUCCAAUAUUAUCAAUAUUUUUGAUCUUAUAGAUCAGCUCUGAAGUGUAAACCUCUGCACAUCUGUCUGACAGCUAAACUAUGAGAUUAAUUGUUCUAGGGCUGGGCGAUAUGUCCUCAAAUCAAUAUCACGAUAUAUUGAUCAGUUCACCUCUAUAACGAUAAAUGGACAAUAACUACUCCACAAGCUGCUCACCCCCUCCCACAUUAACUUCAUCUACUUCAGCCGCUACAACUUGUGAACUGUCCUCCAUCUCCUCACCUGUCUUUCCCUCUUUGUUACAGACUGGAUGGGGUGGAGUCACGUCUCUGACGUGGGACAGCGUCUUAAAGAGACAUGAGACCAUAGCCUACCUACACACAUCCAAAAACAACUUUGAUUUAUUUAUUGUUUAGACACCGAAUAUACCGAUACGGGCAAAAUGACGUUGGUUAUUGUCGUAAAUUUCAGUAUCGGUAAAUUUUUGGUUCAUCGUCCAGCCCUAAAUAAUAUCAUUCAAGGACAACUGGACUUAGGCGAAACGUCCCAAGUAAGUCCAGUUGUCCUUUCAACCAAGAAAAUGACGUCGGUUACUGUUGUAAAUUUUGGUAUCAGUAAAUUUUUGGUUUAUCGCUCAGCCCUACUCCAAACUGAAUCAGACUGAUGUGGUUGAGAGAAAACUUGACCCCUAAAUUUGACAGAAAAAUCACCUCCACGCCGACUCUGUCCCUGAAAACAACCCACAGCUGCUCUCAGGUGACUUCCUCAGACCAAUAAAAUCCCUCUUCUCUGAAUCACUCGGGUUUACUGACCCGCCAACAUCCAAUAAAGAUUAGACGUCGAUAAACACCGGAGACUGACAUCAUUAUUUUUCUGACGGACGUUUGUCAACAGAGUAAAUAUCAGGUGGUAUCGAUGUCCAACUGAUUCGUCAGCGCAGACGUCAAUAAAACAAUAAAAGUAGGAAAAACAGUCAAGGUCAUUUCCCAGAGGUGACGUUAACGAACUUUUGUUUGUGCCAAAGAGGGAGGCGGGAAAAGACGGGAUACACUCGCACCAGGAGAGUCGGAAUCAGCUGAUGUCUCUGUUUUUCUUAGAUUUACCAAAAUUAAAGUUAGUUUGUGAGUUUGUUAGUACUCAGGUGUGCUCUGCUGGGUUUUAUUUUACAUAAACUCCAAAUGUAGAGCCAAGAACACGUCAGACUCAGAGUUAGUUAGUGUGGACUCUUCCACUCUCCUCCUGCAGCUCAUCGUUUCUAUCUCAUCUCGUCUGAGUCUGAGCGCCCUCCUGACAUGUAACCACGCAGGUUACAUGUCAGGAGCUGCCUCAUAAAGAAACAUGCUCUCUCUCUCUCUCUCUCUCUCUCUGUCUCUCUGUCUCUCUGUUUUUGACUCUCUGCCAGUCGUUUCUGAAUCUGUUAAAACAAAAAAAAAGACAGAUGAGAUCUGAGGAGCAGUGGUGCGUGCAGUCUGUGUUCAGUCUGUGUUCAGUCUGUGUUCAGUCUGUGUUCAGUCUGCGUCCCUGAUGCCGCCGUCUGCUCGCAGGUUAUUCAGCGGUCAAGAUGUUUCCCAGAACCCGCCGCCGUCUGACACGGCAAACAAACCUGCCCGACCAGAAACCUGCAGCUGUCAAUCAGUGAGGCCCGACUGGUUGGACGGGUGCCGGCGUCAGGCAAGACAAAUACUGACUAAGAAUCGACCCGGGGGAGGAAAAUUCCUCUGUGGAAACCUGGCUGUUCAAUAUCCGGUCCAGAGGAGGUGGAGGGAAAUAUUCCCCUCUUUACUCAGCAGAAAUCCAGCGAACAAUGUGCGACCACAGCAGAGAUAAGCUCCGUGACUCAGCAGCAUGCGAUAAUCAAAAACAGAUUUCAGUUUGGGCGUACGAUCUCAGAACACGAGCUGCAGAAAAGAGACUUCAGCAAACAAACUCCAGCUGAAGAGCAAUAAUUCACUCUCAGAUCAUUACUCAGGAUCCUUCUGCAGACAUUUUAAAAUAGAUCGACUUCAGACUCGUUGAUGCAGAACGUGUGACUGGAGCAGGUUUUAUUUUGUGUACGCAGUAUAAGAUAAAAAAAAAGUUCAAACUGGGGAUUUAAAAGCUGCAAAAAGACUUAAAAGACCCAAACACAGUUUAUUAGUGAUACUUCUGUUAAAGAUAUAAAAGCUGGACGGUUUGUAGGAUUUCUUUCUGCAGGUGUGCACGUCAUCGACCUCAGAAAAGUCAAAACCGAUUCAUGCAACUGGAUCGAUUGAGAAAGCCGCUCGUAUUUGGAGUCCUGUGUCUCUCUUUUAGACACAGAAGAAGAGUAAGUAAACACAGAGGAGAGGGUUUCUGUGACCGAUUUGUCAGCAAUGUGCUGAGAGAAGCAUACAGUUUAAUUUCUGAUUCUAUUCAUGCGGUUUUAGGAGGAAAAUAAGAGCUCAGAACGUCGAGAUCUGUAAACAGCUGCAGACGAGGAGAGAGAGUGGAAACAGACAGACGCUCACAUGUAACUUCGGUUUAUUUUUAAUUCUUCAGAGACAGAAAUAUGAAGUUUGUAGGAUCCUUGUCGGACUGAGAGUCUGAUAGCAGACUUAUUUAUGCGUGCUUAUCUCUUUUAAUGAGUAAGGGAUAAUUAGGGCUGGGUGAAAAUUUACUGAUACCGAAAUUUACCCCUCCUUUCUAUUACAUCUCUUUUUCUUCCCUAUUUAAUGUUUUUAUUUUGGUCCUCAUGGUCUCACUUUAUGUCGUAGGUUCUUGUUUUGUCGGGGUCUCUCAUGAAAAAUUAAACUAGCUUCAAUUCUGAGCUUUUGUUUUUUAUUUGUUUUUAUUUCCAUGUGCCCAUUAAGACCUAAAACAGUAACAUUUUUGUUUUUAUCAAAUCAUUUCCGAUGUUUCUUCUUCUUCCUCUAAAGUGAGAAUAAUCCCCAUGAUCCUCUGCGUUUGUGUCUUCUCAGCUCAUAAAGGUCUACGGAGAGGACAGCCACAGCCGCUCUUUGUGGGUCUCUCCUGGAGCAACAGCCAGAGAAGUGUGCCACCUGCUGGUGCAGACGGCUCACUGCAGUGAUCAGGAGAACUGGGCUCUCCUCGAGCUUCAUCCCACCCUCGGCCUGGGUAGAACCCUGACUUUGACGAAACAGACGAUGUUUUUUUAUGUCAUUAAAUGUUUGAUUAUAACAAACUCGUCCUGUGUGUCCUCAGAGAGGUGUCUGGAGGACCACGAGGUCGUGCUGGAGGUCCAGGCCACCUGGUCUCUGAAGGGCGACACCAGAUUCGUUUUCUGUAAAAACUACGCCAAGUACGAGUUCUUCAGGAAACCGAUGGUACGAGGCCGCGGCGGUUUAACGCUGUGACAGUAUAAGUGUCUUUAUGUAAGUGACGCCCUGGGGCGCUACAGGAGGGUGUUGUUGUCGAACAUGUCGGGGCCGCAGACGCCGACAGCCUGACGUCAUGAUGGCGGAUCGUGAUUCUGAGAGGUUGACAGGUUGCGUGCUGGUGGAGACGCUCUGACUUGGUGCCUCAGGUGUUUCAUUACAUCAGAUUAGUCUGCUGUCACCUGUGCUUUUAAAGAAGACGACACCCGCUCAAACAAACUGGUUCUGAUGGACCUGCUGCUGGUUUGAUUUGUUAACUGUCGCCUGAAGGAGCGUCUGAUCGAUGAUGAACGACCAUCAGAUUAAAGUCUUAUGUAACCUGAAAGAAAAACAAGCUCAUAUUGGACAGAAACAGAAACAGUUUAAAUUUAUUUCAUUUAACCUUUAAUCAAAAAAGUCAAAAUUGCUCCAAAUGACAUAAAUCAAAGAAAAACAACAAAUCUGUGAACUUUAAACACCAGAAACUGAGAAUUUUUGCUUUUUUUCAAAUUAACACGACUUUUAAAGAGAUCUUUAACUUUCUAGAUUAAUCAGGUAUCGAUUAAUUCUCCUCCAAACCCUCUAAAAAGUUUGUUUUCACGGCAAAAGAAACCUAAAAACAGUUUUUUGAUUAAAGGCAGCAAUAAAAACCACAAUGAAACAAAAAAGGAGGUGACUUUGUUUGAUUAGAUUAGAUUGAAUUAAAGGAAAUCUAAAACUACAGCUAUUCUUCAGCUUAAAAUAAAACAGUAGGAAAAAAAAAAAAAUUUAAACAUCUUUUUUGUUUCGUAUUAAUAUAACAACCAAAAAAUAUUGUCUCCUUUUUUUUUUUUUCUUUGGUUCUCUUUGGUGAAGAGUUAUUUUAACAUGAGACACUUUUAGUUUUUGUGUGUACUGGUUUCACUUUACACGACUGAUUAUUUACUUUCUAAUUCGAUUAAUACGCCUUAAACAAGAAACCAGAGUCCUGCAGAGAUGAUUCCAUCUGAAGCGUCUCCUUCUCAGACAGUCCCAAUGAUCACCUUCCUCCUCCUCUUCCUCUUUUUCUUCGUCUCUCAGCUGUUCUUCCCAGAGUCCAUGAUCUCUGACAGCGCUGACGACGACGGUAAAAGGAUGAAAUCCUCACAGCUGAUUCAGGUAAAAACCAGGAGAUCAGACCUGGUUUACAGAUGUACAGUAAUGACAACAGGACUUAUGCUGUGUCUGUGUUUCCCAGAAUCUGCUGAAGUCUGGGACCUGUCCAGAGAUUCAAGGUUUCCUUCACGUGAAAGAGCCGAGUCGAAAAGCCUGGAAGAAGGUCUACUUUUUCCUCCGCCGCUCCGGACUCUACUGCUCCACCAAAGGAUCCUCUAAGGUCUGCACGACUCUCACAAAGUGUUGAUUUAACAUCAAACAUUUAAUCCAGGAAGACUUGACUGAGUCAAAGUGACGUGUCUCUGCACAGGAGCCUCGUCACCUGCACUGCGUGGCCGAUCUGGACGAGUUGAACGUGUACACGGUGGUGAACAGCCGUAAACUUUACGGAGCGCCUGCAGACUUCACCUUCUGUAUAAAGGUGAGCUCUUCCUCGGGGCCUCCUCUCUCUCUAAGACACGAUGACACAGAGAAACGCUAAAGAACAAACUAGAGCAGAGUUUGACUCGAGGGUCUGCGUGGGAAACGCCUCCAGCCUCCGUUUGACGUCCAUAUUCCGUCUCUAUAUCAGCUGCAGCGGUAAUACCUCUGAUUUGACUCUGUGCUCUGCAGCCUUCACCGUGAUUGAUGAGCUCAUACUUUUCUAUAACUGCGGGGAACAAACACAGCUGUAAUUUUCUCUCAGGCAGAUUUACGUCACCCUCAAAUGAGAGUAUAAUUGGAUAUUGUUACGCUGUCGUGAAUACAUCGAGUUUCAAUUUGUUUGACAGAAGCUCCUCUGGGCGAUGACAAACUCUGCAGCAACGUGAACUCAAAUCAUUAUUCCCACCCGACGUAGUUUUCAUGUACAGACGUUUGUCGCUCUGUGAUAAUCCUCGAAUGUCUCUGAGGUAUAACACCGACAUGAGAACCACUUAAAAUCAUUUUAAGAGGAUUUUAAACCUUAAACCUUAUGUCCUCACUCGGGGAAAAGGUUUCAAAAUAACACUCAAUGGGUGGAGUUUUCAUAUUCAUAUUUGAUGUCAUGAUAUCAAUUUUUUACGGCAGACUUUAUCUGAUAGUUGCACAAAAACGCAGGAAUGAGACGCCACAUUGAAAGGUGAAAAAGUGGAAAUAAACGGUGGCUGAAUUUGUGACAGAGAGCGUCUAAAACAGAUUCAGAGAAACAAGGAAAUGUAUUAAAUUUAUCAUCUAUGGAGGUGAAGCUGCUGCCUCCUCCAGCUCAGACCAAAAACAGGCGACGACACGGACAGAGAGAGAAGCCCUGACACAGAGGCUGUCGUAUGAUAUAGAGUGAAGUCGUUUGGCCUGUUUCCCACAGAGGAAAAACCGGCAUUCAAGGCAAAGAGCUUCAAAGAUUUGACAAGUUGUAAAGCUUUCACAGAAAACCUGUUUCAGAAUUAAAGGAAGUUUAAAUUCAUCUUAAAACCUGUUUAAAGUCAGAGAGUCUGAUCCCAGGAUUAGUCUAAAAGUCGAAUGUAUUUCAUGCACAGAUGUUAAGAGAGCCUCAUACAGAGGAGCAUGUUUAAUAUUAGUGGACUAAAUAAGUUCAGGCAUAUCUUAGCUAUUAUUUUUUAUUACCAUUUCUUAUUGUUAAAACAAAACAAAAGUGUUCAGCUUCACUUAGACUCAUUACGAUGAGCAGUUUAAUUACAAAUACUCUCAUAAUGAGCUCAUAUCCACCAAACAAGGUAACCCCAAAACUGCCCGGCGCAAAAAUCUCCCGGAUUUCAUAACCCGGAUGUUGGCAGGAGAGGGUCCACAUGAGUCCAGUUACAGAUUCAAUCCAAAGAGGUCCAUGGGUUACUCCAAAUCUAAAGAGGCUGUAUGAUCGGGCUCAAGUUGUUUGUGAUCCGUCUUUGGAUCCUCCUUCCUUCUCAGGUUAACAGUCUCAAUGACUCUCCUGAUGAGAAUCUAGUCUCUGUUCAUAAUCCAGAUCCUUUGUCUCAGCAGAAACCAGAUCUCUUGGCUGUCAAACAGCUCUUACUCUGAAUUUUCACUACAUCCGGAACAGCGGCAAUUUGCCGAUUCCUACCAGAUCUGUUUGUGAAGUGAAUAUCAUGGUGGAUUACGGACAGCCGUAAUUGUGAGAACUCACAAGAACCUUCGCAAACAACACAAACUCCACCUCAGGCGCUUUUGCCGCCACCUGACCGUUGAAUGACACUUUUGACCUCAAUGAAGGCAGUGACGAUUUUAGGAGGACAUGCUGCAACUUAAGUGGACGGUCAGGACACCGAAACCACUAAAAAGUCUGCUAUGGGAGAAUUUGGGGUUUUACGCCGCAGAAAGCAAAAUAAAGAACAAAAAUCGGGCUGGAUGUCGACUUCGUACUGUGUUUAAGAUUAGCUUUUGGGUUUGAGCAAAUUUUGGCCUCAUAUAGAAGCAAAAUGAAGAAUUUACAAGAGGCCCUGUGUGUGUGUGUGUUUCUACAUGAGCCAGUGUAACCUUGACAUCUCAUGAUUUUUGUUCACCAGCCGUCCAGAAACCCGGUGCGUCCUCAGGACCUGAAGAUUCUGUGUGCGGAGAACGAACAGACCAGAACAUGUUGGACGUCUGCGUUCAGACUGUUCAAGGUUAAUAAUACAAGAAUACGCCGCUCUUCUACAAAUCCGAACUUUAAGAGAACAACCUUGUACUGUUGGUAUUUUAUCUGUAUGCGUUUUCUUCUCGUGUUACCAGUACGGGAAGCAGCUCCAGUGUAACCACCAGCUCUCAAAGUCGGCGCCACGAAACCUCGAAGGAACCAGGUUCUCAGACACCAAGGUGAGACCAUCAGAUGAGCUGCAGGAGAUCUCACCUCAUGUCCCCUCUGAUGCUCUGCUUCACCUAAAUUUAACUUCCUCUGUGCAGUCCAGGUCGGAAGCCAGCCUGGUGGCCAUGGACUUCUCUGGAAAGUCUGGCGGACGGGUCAUUCAGAACCCGCUGGAGGCCCGGAGCGCUGAGAUGGAGGAAGGACAAGUCUGGAGGGUGAGGAGAGGGAGUGAAAGUGGGAGGUGGAGGGAGGAGGGUCACUAAUACUUCAGGAGAGGAGAGGGAGUCAUAAAAAGACGAUGGAGGAGAGAGGCGUGAAAGAUGAGACUACGGAGACUGAAAGAUCAUCUCUGUAUAUCACUGGAGUUCAUGAAAAUAUUAUUGCAAACUUUGAUUUUAAAAAGUUUUUAUUGGUCGAACCGUUUUUAAUGAGGAGCUGUGAUUUUUCAUCAGAGGAGACCUGUCGUCCUCCUUUUCAGCUUUCAUCAUGUCGGUCUGAAACUCCUGUGGACGAGCUCUGAACCCAAAUCAUCUUAAUAAUUAUCUCAUACUAUCUUAUCUGUGAAGAUCAUCAUUUCAGCUUUUACUUUUUACACAGCUCUGUAGUCUACAAACACCCUCACUGUCUCCACACACCGAGAGCGAGUGAAAUCAUUUGCGCGAAUGAUUUCACUCGUGCGAAUGAUUACAUGUUAAGUCAAUGCAAAGACGCGAUUAGACCAUAGACUGUAUAUACCAUGGACAACUUGGUUCCGCCUUCCGCUAGUAUUCGGAUUUGAAGCCGAAAAGCUUGCAGUAAGCAGGAUUUUUUUUGUGGGAUGGUAGUGGAAGGUCCCACCCACCUUCGCCUCUGAUUGGCUAGAAGUGCUGGGCUCCAAUUGAUUAUUCCAGAAUUGUGAUAAUGUUCUUUAAUAUUCUGUUUGAUGUACAGAGCCGACACCAUGCGCUCGGCUUGUGCGUGUGAUGACGUUUCACAGCCAAUCAGAGGCAAGGAGGCGGAACCUUCCUCUACCAUCCUAAAAAAAAUUUAUCACUCUCUGUAAUUCCGCGAUUUUUCUUCAUUUCCUUAAACCAACAUUGUGCAGUAGUGUUGUACGCAUUCACGAGAAAACAUUUUUUGCUCUGUUGAGAUGAAGAAAAAUAAAAAAAGUCCAGAAAAAAAACUGUGAUGUCAAGAUAAUGAGAAAAUAAGUUAUCAUGAGAUAACAGUGCGUGAAAAAAAGAAAAAUCCAUGUUAAAACUCGGCUUCCAUAAAAAAUGACUUUUUUUUUCAGUUUUCUCUUCUUAACAAACAAGUUUCCCCGAUACAGCGUCAGUGGACGCAGUGUAGUAAACAAAAAUCUUUUAUUUUUUCAUUUAUUUUUAAUUUGAACUAGAAAAGUACUCGUAGAGCGCAGACCUCCGCCAAGCAGCUCAUGUCCCCCUUAUAUUGUGAUUCACACCAAAACUUUUACUGUUACAUGUCUUUUAUUAACGUUUAUUUGUGUUUAAACUGGUAUGUUCACUGUUCAUAAUGUUCCUAAAACAAGAAAUGCCCUGACCGGGACUCGAACCCAGGACCUUCUUGCUGUGAGGCGACAGUGCUAAUCACUACACCACUGUGCCGCCCAUUGGUUUUCUCUCAGCAUUGAAAAUUCCAACGACACCCUAAUUUUUUUGUGUUCUGGAUCACAGUAUCCGGAAUUUUGUUCGGAUCACCGCCAAAAUGUAAUGGGAUCCUCCUGGGGCUGAGACGCACCUCUGGUGAAAAUUUCAGGUCAAUCCGUCUGUAACUUUCUCCGUAAAGUUGUUAACAAACAAACAAACGCUACUGAAAACAUAACCUCCUUGGCGGAGGUAAUAAGAUGCUGAGCACAGAUCGAGCAGCUGUCAUGUUGUUUUAUUUACACUGACCACCAUCACUCACAUCACUCUGUUUGGCUUUUGUUAGUCAAUUGGUUGAACAAACACAGACUGAGAGGUUCAAAAUAUGACAGGGUUCACACAGAAGACCAACAUCUUCAGAGGAGGAAGUGGUUCUUCAGGGGUUUGAGGUCUACAAACAGAUCAACAGGUCAGUGGAUGUUGAAGGAAACACCUCUCACAUACGGCCUCUGUUACAGUUGACCACAGUCAGCAAUCACAACCUUUGCACAAGUCUGACCACUCUGGCUGCCCUGUGCCUCCAUUUUUUUGACAACAUCCAGUCCCUCCACCACCUGGCCAAACACCACAUGCUUCCCGUCCAGCCUGAAGGAGACAGAAAUGAGCUCAAACUGUUGGAAGACCAUCUGAAUACAGCUGCACAUGGGUCAGAGUGGAACCUACCAGACUGUUUUAACCGUGCAGAUGAAGAACUGAGACCCGUUGGUGUUGGGUCCAGCAUUAGCCAUGGACAGUACUCCCGGUAUGGUGUGCUUCAGCUGGAAGUUCUCGUCAUCAAACUUCCCUCCGUAGAUGGAUGUCCCUCCAGUCCCAUUAUGGUUGGUGAAGUCUCCACCCUGGACAACAGCACAAAACUCAGAUGACUCAGUGAAUUUUCAAGCUUUGUUUCUAUCAGACCUGCUUAAGUACUUCACUGUACCUGACACAUGAAAUCAGGGAUGAUCCGGUGAAAGAUAGAGCCUUUGUAGCCAAAACCUUUCUCCCCGGUGCAGAGGGCACGAAAAUUCUCUGUUAAAGAAAAUAUUUCAACUAAAAUUUCCAUUCCCUUCACUUCCUCCUUUCCUUGAACCUAAAUUGAAGCAGCUAUGGCGGCUGCAUUCGGCUCUGCAUCUGGUUCUGCAGGCUUUAAAUUCCGGCCUAACCACAGCCUCACCCAACAGUCAACUAAGAGCCUUAAGAGAGAGUUUGAAGUUUACCCACCUGAAGUCUUUGGGACCACAUCAGGCCGCAGCUGCAAAACAAAGACAUCAUCUUAAAGGAGAUGGUUCACAGAGAGGUCAAAGAUAAUGCUGCAGCUCUUUGAAAACUCUGAAAUAAAAGACAGUAUUGAGAUAAAGAAACAGACGUUCAAGAAAAAGUAAAACUUUUAUCUCACCUCCAUCACAAUCCUGCCUGCUGCUCGGUCUCCAAUAGUGAUGUCAAAGAAAACUCUGGGUCUGGCCAUGUCUACAAACUUAAUAAGAGACGAGUACGUAGGACUAACACCUGAAUGAAUCCCAGACAGGGUCUCAGAUACCGGAAGAGUUGGAGCUGCCAACAACUGUUCACAGUCAAGGUUUCUGUCAGAGGCUCGGGAACGGACCAAUAGGAAAGGAGGUGUGCCGAGAUGUGUGCGAAGGGCGAGAGCUCUCUGUGGGCGGAGCAAAGACUCAUCUGUCAGGUUUCUGUGGUUUACAUCAGAUUAAUCAAAUAAUCAUUAGACGCUUGUACUACUCUGGCAGCAUGAAUGACACAAAUGACGCAAAUUGGGCAGGAGCUGAAAAUGUCUCAACUUGAGCGGAUAUUUGCAUCGCGAUAACCAAUCAGCACAAAGAUUACCAAGUGAUGUAUGACAUUUUAGUGGUAUCUAAAAUGGAGGACAAACUGAUCAUGUUGGUGUGUUGGUGCCCCAAAUUAUAUGAUACCUUUUCUUUCAAUUACUAAAACCAGAGUGUUUCAGUUACCAAGUCAGAAAAAGCAAAACCGAAGGCCUGAAACAAGAUGGCUACGUUUACGAAAGUUACUUUAGCGCUUGCCUGAUAUUCGGGCAAGGAAAGCGCUAAAAUCACUUUAGUAGAUGUAGCUAUCUUGUUUCUGCCUCAGAUUUAGCCUUUUUCAGCACAAAGAUGGCCAAGUACGUCAUUUUCAGCUCGCAGUUCUGACUUCUGAGGUUACUCCAACGCAGCAAGAUUUGUAUGAAUUAAGCGAGGAGAUGAUUUUACUUGCGCUUGGUGUGAGCGCAUGUGAGGCUGGUGGUUAGCACCCACAUUAGCUCUCCGUUCAGCCCUGUGAAGAUGGGAUAUCUGCUGUUUUGUUAAAUGAUUCCAUAUUGAACUUAAUGAACCUGGUGUCAAGGGUUAAAUAUGAUCUUAAAAUCCGCUCAUAUCUCUGAUUUUCUGACCUUUUUCUGUCCCCCUCACUCAUGCAGAGGCGGGAAGCCCUGAGGUGCAGUCUGCCCAACCUGAACUCUGGAGCCAGACCCUCCUGUAAGUCUGGAAACAAGGCGAGACCUGGUUCUGAUCCGGGUCACCUUAGUUUGUUCUCUAAACCCACUCCACCCACCUUCGCCUCUGAUUGGCUAGAAGUGCUGGGCUCCGAUUGGUUAUUCCUUAUGGCUGUGAAACGUUAUUGUCUGUUGGGUUAGGAGAUUCAGAAUUGCGAUAAUGUUCUGUAAUGUUCCGUUUGAUGUACAGAGCCGACAGCCUGCGCUCGGCUUGAGCAUGUGAUGACGUUUCACAGCCAAUCAGAGGCAAGGAGGCGGAACCUUCCCCUACCAUCCUAAAAAAAUUUACCGCUCUCAGUAAUUCCGCGAAUUUUCUCAAUUUCCUGAAACCAACAUUGCGCAGUAGCAUUGUACGCAUUCACCGGGAGAGUUGCCGAGAGUCGCUGUGAUGAUGCUCAGCUCACCCAUAGGCUGUAUCAAGUGUCAAUCGUAGAAAACAUGAACCCCCGAAUAACUUUUAAAAACAGAGCUGCACAGAAAAAAGAGGAAGAAAGAUUUAUAUUCUGUGAAAUUGAUUUAUAAAGUUUGUCCACAGCUCCAUAGAGAUCACUGAUGGAGGCGGGAUUUAUGAUCUAUACUGCAGCCUGUCACCAGAGGGUGCUGUUCUCACGGUAGCUUCACCCAGCAAGGAGGCAGACGGCGUCCAUUUUAUAUACAGUCUAUGGAUUAGACCCAGAGUCAGCAAUAGGUGGACUGCUGAAGAGCGGAGCGCUUUGAAAUGUUAAAAUAUUUUAGAAAUAUCCUGAUCUGGAGACUGUUUUUAAAAUUUUAUUAACGUUUAUUUGUGUUUAAACUGGUAUGUUCACUGUUCAUAAUGUUCCUAAAACAAGAAAUGCCCUGACCGGGACUCGAACCCAGGACCUUCUUGCUGUGAGGCGACAGUGCUAAUCACUACACCACUGUGCCGCCCAUUGGUUAUCUUUCAGCAUUGAAAAUUCCAACGACACCCUUAUUUUUGUGUGUUCUGGAUCACAGUAUCUGGAAUUUUGUUCGGAUCACCACCAAAAUGUAAUGGGAUCCUCCUGGGGCUGAGACGCACCUCUGGUGAAAAUUUCAGGUCAAUCCGUCUGUUACUUUCGCCGUAAAGUUGCUAACAGACAAACAAACAAACGCUACUGAAAACAUAACCUCCUUGGCGGAGGUAAUAAGAUGCUGACCACAGAUCGAGCAGCUGUCAUGUUGUUUUAUUUACACUGACCACCAUCACUCACAUCACUCUGUUUGGCUUUUGUGAGUCAAUUAGUUGAACAAACACAGACUGAGAGGUUCAAAAUAUGACAGGGUUCACACAGAAGACCAACAUCUUCAGAGGAGGAAGUGGUUCUUCAGGGGUUUGAGGUCUACAAACAGAUCAACAGGUCAGUGGAUGUUGAAGGAAACACCUCUCACAUACGGCCUCUGUUACAGUUGACCACAGUCAGCAAUCACAACCUUUGCACAAGUCUGACCACUCUGGCUGCCCUGUGCCUCCAUUUUUAGGACAACAUCCAGUCCCUCCACCACCUGGCCAAACACCACAUGCUUCCCGUCCAGCCUGAAGGAGACAGAAAUGAGCUCAAACUGUUGGAAAACCAUCUGAAUACAGCUGCACAUGGGUCAGAGUGGAACCUACCAGGAUGUUACAGCCGCGCAGAUGAAGAACUGAGACCCGUUGGUGUUGGGUCCAGCAUUAGCCAUGGACAGUACUCCCGGUAUGGUGUGCUUCAGCUGGAAGUUCUCGUCAUCAAACUUCCCUCCGUAGAUGGUUGUCCCUCCAGUCCCAUUAUGGUUGGUGAAGUCUCCACCCUGGACAACAGCACAAAACUCAGAUGACUCAGUGAAUUUUCAAGCUUUGUUUCUAUCAGACCUGCUUAAGUCCUUCACUGUACCUGACACAUGAAAUUAGGGAUGAUCCGGUGAAAGAUAGAGCCUUUGUAGCCAAAACCUUUCUCCCCGGUGCAGAGGGCACGAAAAUUCUCUGUUAAAGAAAAUAUUUCAACUAAGAUUUCCAUUCCCUUCACUUCCUCCUUUCCUUGAACCUAAAUUGAAGCAGCUAUGGCGGCUGCAUUCGGCUCUGCAUCUGGUUCUGCAGGCUUUAAAUUCCGGCCUAACCACAGCCUCACCCAACAGUCAACUAAGAGCCUUAAGGGAGAGUUUGAAGUUUACCCACCUGAAGUCUUUGGGACCACAUCAGGCCGCAGCUGCAAAACAAAGACGUCAUCUUAAAGGAGAUGGUUCACAGAGAGGUCAAAGAUAAUGCUGCAGCUCUUUGAAAACUCUGAAAUAAAAGACAGUAUUGAGAUAAAGAAACAGACGUUCAAGAAAAAGUCAAACUUUUAUCUCACCUCCAUCACAAUCCUGCCUGCUGCUCGGUCUCCAAUAGUGAUGUCAAAGAAAACUCUGGGUCUGGCCAUGUCUACAAACUUAAUAAGAGACGAGUAUGUAGGACUAACACCUGAAUGAAUCCCAGACAGGGUCUCAGAUACUCUGUCUUUCUGGGACGUUAAUCAUGUGGGUCUGUAGACUGGAAGUGUCGGAGCUGCCAACAACCGUUCACAGCCAAGGUUUCUGUCAGAGGCUCGGGAACGGACCAAUAGGAAAGGAGGUGUGCAGAGAUGUGUGCGAAGGGCGAGAGCUCUCUGUGGGCGGAGCAAAGACUCAUCUGUCAGGUUUCUGUGGUUUACAUCAGAUUAAUCAUCUAAUCAUUAGACGCUUGUACUACUCUGGCAGCAUGAAUGACACAAAUUGGGCAGGAGCUGAAAAUGUCUCAACAUGAGCGGAUAUUUGCAGUGCGAUAACCAAUCAGCACAAAGAUUACCAAGUGAUGUAUGACAUUUUAGUGGUAUCUAAAAUGGAGGACAAACUGAUCAUGUUGGUGUGUUGGUGCCCCAAAUUAUAUGAUACCUUUUCUUUCAAUUACUAAAACCGGAGUGUUUCAGUUACCAAGUCAGAAAAAGCAAAAUCAAAGGCCUGAAACAAGAUGGCUACGUUUACGAAAGUUACUUUAGCGCUUGCCUUAUAUUUGGGCAAGGAAAGUGCUAAAAUAACUUUAGUAGAUGUAGCCAUCUUGUUUCUGCCUCAGAUUUAGCUUUUUUACGACUUGGUAACUGAAACGCUGGGAACUCGGGUGUGACGUCAUUUUCAGCUCGCAGUUCUGACUUCUGAGGUUACUCCAACGCAGCAAGAUUUGUAUGAAUUAAGCGAGGAGAUGAUUUUACUUGCGCUUGGUGUGAGCGCAUGUAAGGCUGGUGGUUAGCACCCGCAUUAGCUCUCCGUUCAGCCCUGUGAAGAUGGGAUAUCUGCUGUUUUGUUAAAUGAUUCCAUAUUGAACUUAAUGAACCUGGUGUCGAGGGUUCAAUAUGAUCUUAAAAUCCGCUCAUAUCUUUGAUUUUCUGACCUUUUUCUGUCCCCCUCACUCAUGCAGAGGCGGGAAGCCCUGAGGUGCAGUCUGCCCAACCUGAACUCUGGAGCCAGACCCUCCUGUAAGUCUGGAAACAAGGCGAGACCUGGUUCUGAUCCGGGUCACCUUUGUUUGUUCUCUAAACCCGCUCUGCGCUCUCCUCGUCUUUUUUUAACCCUUCUUCUUUUUCGUUUGUUUUUUUGCAGCCAUCCACAAAUCUCAGCCGUGGUUUCAUGGCGGCGUGUCCAGAAAGGAGGCGCAGAGGCUGAUAGAGAAGCAGGGACUGGUGGACGGGUGAGUGGAAGAAAAGACCGUUUUCACGUUGGCGUGUUGAAUGAUUCAUGCGUGAGCUCGGGGUUUGCCUCUUUUCCAGGAUCCAGGAUCAGGUUCUGAUUCUGAGCUCUGUCAGUCAAACGCCCUGCAUCGAAUUAUUCAAAUUUAUGAUCCAAUUCAAAUUCUGUGAACGCUGAUGCCGCUGAAACCGUCAGCAACAACCAUCAGGGCAGAAAAUGGCAGCAGGCUGCAGAUGAUUUACAUGAGCUGAUGAGUUGUCUCUGCUGGCAGAUAAAUGUUUUCAGCGAUGAUUCAGCCGACGUUCAUCACUCAAUCUCACGCUCCUGAUCUGAUAUCUCACAGUCUGACACACACAGAGACUAACAGACCGACAGUGUCACGCCGUGUGACACGCAACCGAUCCGCAACACGUCUGUUAUCACGCAGUGAGCUGGAGCCUGAAGGAGACACGGGUGUCUUCUCGAAUCCCCAAAAAGGCCUUUAAUUCACCCUGAGUUCAUUAUCCAGCAUUUGACUCUGAACGCUGUGCUUCUGUGUUAAAUUUGUGUGAUAAGAAGAUUAAAUCUGGACUGUUUUUGUGUUUCUUUGUGUUAGGAUGUUUCUCAUCCGUGAGAGCCAGCAGCACGCUCAGUGCUUCGUCCUCUCUCUGUGUUACAAACUGAAGACCAAACACUACCUGGUUAUUCCUGUAAGUUUUUCCUCAUUUACAUAAAUACCAAAACAAGGCGCUUCCUCCUUUUGGAAGUGAUACCACUCUUUACCAGCAGGGGGCACUGUUGUGAAAAAAUGAGCUUCAUUAAAGGGAUAUUCCGACAUAAAACCAAUUUAGGUUCAAACACACCGAGUUAGACACCCCCUUCAGAGAUGAAUUUUGCUGAUCGCUUGCUUCUCUAGUUAAAGAAGAAGAAGAACGGAAUAGAGAGAGCAAAUCUUGGACUCAACAUACCGUACAGGGACAAGCUGAACAAUGAAGACAGAGAGCGUUACAGAAGCAAAAUUGUGGACAUUGUGAACAUGGUUUAAUGGUGGUAGCAUCUGGAAAUCAUCUUCUGACCAUUCAGUGUGGUCAUAUGGGUCAAGUCCAGCAAUGUCCGCAAUUUUGCUUCAGUAAUCCUGCGUAAUCCUAAUUUCAUUCAUUCCAAUGCGCUAAGUGUGGUUUUGUCUGUAAAAAUGGCCGCGCUGGCACAUCACCCACUGAGCCCCCUGUGCUGAUGUCAGUGCUGCUACACUUUAUAGGGUCCCAGCCAUAGUACUAGACACCAAACAUCUUUUUAACUUUGACUAAUUUCUUUAGCAGAGAGACAAAACACAACUCACCUACUCCCUUCCAGCAGACGCUUGUUGGUAGUGAGUCCUCAUGCGAGUCCAUUAAGGACUACAGCAGGGUGACGCAGCUCAAGGAAGAACAUUUAUGAUCAUUUCUUCAUGGAAAUACAAUCAGACUGAGACACUAAGGCAGAAGAACUACUGUGUCUGCAAAAUGAUUAAUAUGGUGAUUAUUAUUCAAGGAAAUGAUAAAGAAAUGAUCAUAAAUGUUCUUCCUUGAGCUGCGUCACCCCGCUGUGUUCCGUGAUGGACUCGCAUGAGGACUCACUACCAACAAGCGUCUGCUGGAAGAGAGUAGGUGAGUUGUGUUUAGUCUCUUUGCUAAAGAAAUGAGUCAAAGUUAAAAAGACGUUUGGUGUCUAGUACUAUGUCUGUGACCCUAUAUGUCCUGUUGAUGAAGUCAGGUGCUGUUCUGAGCAUUAUUUGUGGCUAUAGAGUGGCGUUUUGGUCGAGCACGUGUCUCUCUGUAUUGCUAUCCUGCGGUCGUUACUAAAGUUGGUAUAACUAGAGAAGCAAGCGGUCGGCAACAUUCAUCUCUGGAGGGGGGGUCUAACUCGGUGUUACGGUGUGUUUGACCCUAAAUUAAUUUUACGCAGGAAUAUCCCUUUAAAUCAUACUUAUGGGUUUUUUUGUCACUUUUUGCUGAGUUUAUUUCUCGGCUGAAGUUUGCCUUCACUCUGAUUUUAAUCAUUAACAAAUCAAAGAGAUGAAUCACCAUCUUCCAGACAGAUAACAAUCCCUCACAGCUUCAGAGGGCUUUAUUAGACGUGUCACAGAGUGGCGAUAAAUAUCUGGUGGUAUAUAAAGUGCGUCACAGACUGCAGCACCUUUGUGAUGACCGUGUUCAUGUUUGUCUCUGCAGUGCGAGGAGGGAGGCAGGAAGUACUUCACCAUGGACGACGGCCUGACUCUCUUCAUCGACCUCCUGCAGCUGGUGGAGUUUCAUCAGAUCAACAAAGGCAUCCUCCCCGUCUGCCUCAAACACCCGUGUGUCUGCGUAGCACUUUGAACCCGUUUGUGACCUCUGCCCUGCUGGCCCAGGAUCAGACACCCAGACCUGUACUUCACCUCGGCCCUCUGAUUGUACUGAUAUCGAUUAAACCCUGAUGAUAAAAGCAAUUAGUCCAGUCUGUGCCGGAGCAGGUCGGAGGUUUGUGAUAACAUUAUCAGCGCUGGAAGAUGUGGACUCCUGGGAAGUGUGAGCCAGAUAUGGAGCAUAUUGUCCAGCCUCUCGUCUCUGUAGCUGUUUUAAUUAUUCCGACUACAUGUGCAGCUCCAGACAGAGGUUUGAUUUUUAUUUUUAAUUAAUGAGCUGGAGUCCCCGUGGAGAAGACUUAAUUAGCCGUGCUGGACGGACUUUUAGCGCUUUGGGGAGCUGUAAAUGUGCACUUUGAUUAGGAUUCACACGGCCGUGAGUGCUCUGUGAUGAGGGGCAGCAGGAGGAAACCUUUGAUUGUGGCCUCACCAGAUUUCACUGGAGGACUGAUCGCCUUCAGCCACCAGAGGGCGCUCUGAGUCAAAGCACAGACAGAGGCGUUCACAGAGUUUUUCCAGCUGUUCUUGUUAUUAUUGAUGUGGAGAAAUGUGCCGUUACGAUGAUGAAAAAUGCCCCAGGUUGCAAUCAUGUAGCAUGUAAACCCUCAUUCAUGACUGUUUGACUCUAAAGUGCCUGAAAGUCAAUCUCUCAUAUUCAUUCGAGCUUUAAUUCUUUCAGACUCUGUAUUUGCACUAUGAUGGUAAAGGGUUAUCUGCGUUAUCCUGUGACGUGUAAACAACCGAAUAAGAGACACAAACAAGUUUUAGGCUUUUGAUUGAAAACUUUUGCAUGAAUUAGGAAAGAGAAGACAAUCUUGACUCCCUAAAUACAGGAUUUUACUUUCGUAUUAACCGCCGAGGAAGACGGAGAGAUGUGGUGAAAGCUUUCAGACUCACUUCUGUAAAUUAAAGCACUUCUGAGUUUUCAUUAGAGACGGUUGUUUUAACAUGUCAGCUUUACAUCAAAACUUUGCACAUGCGUUCACGAACUCUCACCAUGUGUCGACAAAUACCCUCCUCAUUCAUGAGUCCUGAGUUUACCUUUUUCCUUUAUUUCUUCCACGUCAGAGUAAGUUUGUAAGUUUUAUACACUUUGUAUGUUUUGUGCCCUCUACAGCCUGUUUUAUAUGUUGAAUAAAUAAUUGUGGAAUAGCUCAGUUUAUAUGUCGAUGUUUUCUUGUUUUCUAAAUUCAAGCUGUGCCGGUUUAAGAUCCUUUUAUG